CCGGCCUCCCCCGGGGAGCGUGUCUAAAACAUGUCGACCAUUAACGAAAGCCCUCCUCCGACAUACAAUAAGGCAGCGCCGCAGCACACGGCGACAGAAGAUCCUCACAUUCAGUCGGACGAGGAGUCGACAGACAACAACAAGCAAGAUGGAGUUAGAGCGAUGGAGGCCGUGUCCUUGACAUGGUCGAAAUGGGGUCUCAUAAUCGCAUAUCUUGGCAUCUUUUUGAUGGCUUGCUCGACUUCCCUGGAGGGGCAAACCACAUAUGCUCUCAGUGCCUUUGCUACCAGCUCGUUCCAAUCACACUCGCUACUGUCAACCGUCACUGUCGUUCAGAGUGUGGUCCUGGCUGUCAUGAAGCCCAUCAUGUCCAAGCUCAGCGACGUCACGGGCCGUCUCGAGGCCUUUACCCUGUCUAUCGUGCUGUUCGUACUCGGAUUUAUCCAGCAGGCGGCGUCGACCAAUAUCGACUCGUAUGCCUCCGCGCAGAUCUUCUAUUCGGCCGGCAGCACGGGUGUCCAGAUUCUGCAGCAGAUCUUCAUCGCUGACACGAGCAAUCUGGUGUGGCGUGCCCUAUUCUCUUCGCUCCCUGAUACUCCUUUCCUAGUAACGGUCUGGGUCGGACCUGAAAUCUCGGCGGGCAUCAUUGCCCGGGGGAACUGGCGUUGGGGAUAUGCCAUGUGGGCUAUCAUCCUGCCCGUGGCUUUCUUACCCUUUGCCAUUAGCCUGUUUCUCAACCAGCGCAAGGCCAAGAAGCUGGGCUUGCUAUACAACCGUCGGAACUGGAUCUCAGCGAUUAGAAGCCAGGGGCUUACCACAACUGCCAUCAAAGUGGUCCAGUCGGUUGACCUCUUUGGUGUCCUGUUGUUGAGUGCCGGCUUCGCGUUGCUCCUGAUCCCGCUGACCAUUGCUACGCGCCAAACGGGCGGCUGGAGCAACGGGUCCAUAAUUGCUAUGCUCGUUAUGGGUCCCAUUUGCUUGAUUGCCUUUGGUUUCUGGGAAUGCGCCUCGGUCAGGCUCAACCCUCACCCACUGAUUCCGCUCUAUCUCUUCAAGAGCAAAACAUUUUGUGCCGGCUGUGGUAUCGCCUUCUUCUACUUUAUGGUGUUCUACAUGUCGGUCUACCCCUACUACUACUCUUACCUACUUGUGGUACACCGUAUCGACGUAGCCACGGCUGGGCGUAUCACGCAGACCUUCUCAUUCGCUAGCACAGUUAUGAGUGUGCUGGUCAGCUUAGCUAUCAAGUACACCAAGCACUACAAGUACUUCAUCACGGCUGGUAGCGUGCUGUACCUACUCGGCAUUGCGCUCAUGAUUAACUACCGCAGCGAAGACGCCGGUUUGCCAGCCUUGGUCGGCACCCAGGUCUGCAUAGGCAUUGGUGGUGGAAUGCUCAACGUGCCAGCGCAGCUUGGAGUCCAGGCCACAUCCAAGCAUCAGAACGUGGCUAUCGCCACGGCCGUGUGGCUCACGGUGCUGGAGCUGGGCGGCGCUAUCGGUAGCGCUAUCUCAGGCGCCAUAUGGACAAAGGUCGUGCCCGCAACGUUGACAGAGCUUCUGCCCGAGGCCAGCCGCGCCAACGCCACAGCCAUCUUCAAUAACAUCAACACUGCCCUUGCGCUCGAGUGGGGUAGCCCCGAACGGGUCGCUAUCAACUCCGCCUACCAGGCCGGCAUGCGCCAGAUGCUCAUAGUUGCAGUCUGCAUGUGCGUGCCUAUCGUGCUCCUGUCUCUGCUCAUGCGCGACAUGAAGUUGGAUGAGGUAGACCAGGGCGUCAAGGGAUACGUCAUUGGCGGUCGGGUAGACGGAGACUCGAAGAAGGACUCCGGUGCUGUGGUUACCCCUAACUCUGGGGCUGCUGCUGAGCAACAGCAUCAUCAGCAGGAGCAUGAUCUACUUGUGCAAGAAGCUAGCAAGAGCGAUCAGGUUGCCGCCAGGAGUACCGCUGCUAGUCCUGAGAUUAAAGGUUAG